AUGCGUCUCGUAUACUACGUAGGUCUCUUUGUGCUAAUAGUAGCACAUGUCCUUACGAGCUGCGGCGCAGCCUCGACCAUUGCGAAUGCAGACCAGAAGAGCACUGCGUCUUCAUCUCAGGCCGAUUAUAAUGGUAUUAAUAAAUACCUGCGAAGCGAUACUGCAAGCACAGCUGAAGCCCACAUGAACUCGGCGAGUGACGAAGAGAGAGGGAUCAUACCAGCAAGUGUGCGUAUAGCACUCAAAAGGCUCGUGGCAAAAGAUACUACCAUUGACACCCAUGGAAGAGGCAAAAGAGGCGAGAAGGAAUGGAGGGCAAAGGUACUGAAGGUCUACAGGGUGGCCAAGACAACGCUCGACGAUUAUUUCCGACAACCGUUCUGGGAGUUCCGCUUCACUGUCUGGGCUGCGAAUAAACGAACCCCAGCGAUGAUGUACGACCGGCUGGACAUUAUUUCGACAACCGGCAUAAGAGACAAGAACUACCGCAUCUACAUCAACUACCUAAGGUUCUACGAGUUCUUUAAGGGACCUACGUAUAACCCCCUGAUUAUUUAUGGGCCAAUGGUAAAAACAAACUACCGGUAG